AAGCGAGCGUCGAGCAGUCGGUAGCGACGCGUCCCGGGCGCAAGUCGCUUCAUCAGCGAUGGUUUUCGGUGGUUUUCGCGACUGUGGCCUUCGGGCGAACGCUCGCGAUGCUUCUUUUCAUCCCUCGUUUCGCGUUGCCAUUGGCACAAUCGUCAUCCUUAUUCUUAUAACUUCACAGCCGUCUUUCUCACAGGAAAGUCUGGCCAAUCGUAUGAGAGUGAUCAGCGAGGAUCUCGAUCGGCAGUUGAAUGAUAUCAUGGCCUCGCAAGCCGUCAAUUAUACCACCGUCAACACUACAGGACUACCCUACAACGCCACCACCAAGUUCAAUCCCAAAGGAAUGGGACAGCUCUACAACGUCACCAACAUGUUCAUCGACUUUAUUCAGAGUAAACAGGCAUAUCCGGAAGGAAUGAUUACCGUAAUAUCCAACACCCCAGUCCUCGUGGAUCCUUGGCACCAGUGGAAGAUAAUAGUGGCCCAUUAUGGUGGUUUAGCCGGUCUCGCUUUGAUUGGAGUCCUCCUCGCAGCCAUUCUUCCUUGCAUCGGUCUUUUUUUUUGGUGCUGCAGAUGCGCUGGACAAUGUGGAGGCAGAAUUCAGCCGUUCGAUAAAAAGCACGAUCAUUGUAGAAAAAUUAUGCUCAGUAUCAUCCUCAUCGGAGUAGCCACUAUUAUUCUAUUCGGCGUUGUUUGCGCAUUCGUAACAAACGAGUACAUGGAAAUUGGUACUGCGGAGCUUCCUAAUAAUGUUAAAACUAAUUUAAAGGAUGUUAUGCUUUAUUUGGCUACCACCAAGCGUGAAAUUAACACCGUUCUAAAAACUAAUUACGGUGAACUCGAAAUCACAUUAAACAAUAUUUUGCAAGCAAGCGGCAGAAUAGUCACCGAGCAAUUAGCCGAGUAUUCUCACGCGGUUUCCUUGACGAAUUUGAACGACAUCGUGAUCGGUUUAGAAUCGAUCAGGGAGGAAUUACGUUCUAUGAAUAGGAUAACGCAGGAAUUGAGAUUGAACGCUACUCAAUUAGACAUCGUUGUGCGCGGUGUCAAGAACAAUCUGCUUUAUACGCUUCGCGAUUGUACGAGCCACAACUGUAAACAGAUCUUGCACGACUACAAGGUGAACCAAAUGUCGGUCCAAAUAGAGUUCGACAAGUACAUGGACCGAUACUUCCCAAAGCUACCGGACCUUACAUCCGCUCUACAUAACAUUACCAUAUUGAUGGAGAGUAAUAUUGUGUCGGAAGUGAGUCAGGGUAGAGAAUCCUUCCUAAAGAUACAGAAGGACAUACAGCAUGCAGUGAAUCAAACGAUUCCUGUAGUUAGCGCGAGUAUUAGAAGAGCAGGCGAUUAUCUAGCAAGCAUAGCGAACAAUAUGACGAGUUUAAUUGACAGAAUAAGCAAUGACAUCGAAAAGGUUUAUUUCCAACAUUUAGAAGAAGCACAUAACUACGUCGUUUACUAUUCACAAUAUAGACGGUAUCUUGGCUUUGCGAUUUCGACUAUUCUUCUUGCCAUUUUAAUAUGCGUGACAUUUGGUCUCUUCUGUGGAAUUUGCGGUAAACGACCGGAUGGAUACGGUGAUGAUUGUUGUAAUAAAGGAUCCGGUUCACGAUUGCUUAUGACGGCCGUAUCGAUGAUCUUUCUUUUUACCAGUGUUUUAAUGGUAAUCACAGUAGUACAUAUGAUAACAGGAGUUCUAGCGCAACGGAGCAUUUGUGAGCCAUUAAAAAAUCCGAAAGACAAUAGAAUGUUCAAAUUAGUGGACAAGAUUGUGCAGAUCCGAAAGAUACUGCAUCCUAAGAAUCCUAACUUUGAUAUCAACAUGAGUUACAUAAUCACGAAAUGUCACGCUAACGAGACUCUGUACAACGUACUGAAACUUAACAAUUUGUUCGACAUCGGUACUUUACGCAAUUAUGCUGGACGCAUAGACAUCAAUGAUACGAUUCAACAGCUGCGCCGUAAGAUAAAUCUUUCACCAGGUGUGGUGAUUCUGAAGGAGAGCGCCAGAUCGAAACUCAACGAUCUGGCGCAAAGUGGUCUGAGCGAUAUCAAGUUUUAUCAGUAUGCCGAACUUCUUGCCGACAAUAUCACGAAUAUUAAUUUGGAACAUCUGGCGUCGAAAUUGAGAGACGUGUCUACAAAAUUGUCACCCGGUCAAGAGGAUAUCAGGGAUAGCCUUCUAAAAAAUGCUCAUGAUUUGGAGCAUUACCACAGAGACCUCGUGGUACCCAUGGCGACGUUAAGUGAGAAACUUAGCGAAAACGCGUUGGCUCUUCAAGAAAGUAUCAAAUUUAAUCAUAGCUCGAUGGCCGAGGCUAUUCACAAUUUAGUAGACGAAGUUACGAAAGCUCAACAAUUUUUAAACAAGGACGGACCAGAAUACGUUCAAUAUCUUGCUACGAAAUUUGGUAAUGCUUUUCUUCAUCAAGUCGACGACUUUCUCGAACAUGUAAUUGACAGUGCUCGCAACAAAGUUGGAAGAUGUCAACCAGUGUCUAAUGCUUACAACGCAACUCUUGUAGCCGGCUGCAAUAAGAUUUUAGAUCCAUUUAAUGGUUUUUGGGCAAGCGUUGGCUGGUGCUUGAUUCUCUUCUUACCAACGAUAGUACUUUGCGUAAAAUUGAGUAAUCUGUAUCAGAAGUCUGAUCCAUACCCAGGACCUCUUGUCGAAGCUGAAUAUUUGUAUGACGCGUACGCAGACAGGGAUAACAUACCCCUCGCUCACGUACACGAUAAGAAGCACGUCUCCCAUGGCAGACAUCAUCCCGCGGCUUAUGUUGAAAGCUACGAUGGUCCAGCAGUUGGAUACAGCGAUCGUGAAAGGAUCACAGACGCUCAUCAGAGUACAUCGCAUCACGAUUCUAGAUACUCCGAUUUAGCGCCGAAUUUCACCUUAUCGUGGCGUAACCACGAACAUAUCGCCCCUACUAAAAGCGAACCUCACAAUAAAGUCUUUAGUGUAUCGCUAGAGUCGCAAAAUUGGGACUUUCCAAAUGGUGGACCACCAAGAUAUCAACCUACUGCUGCUGCUCCUCCCUUAAGUACAGAAUAUGAACGUCCACCUCCUUAUUACUAUCCUGGGCCAGGGGAUAGAAAUUAGGACACAAGUGCCGUGGCAUGCACGAAGGCAGCGUUGAACAGUGUAGCAACUCAUAGCCUUACGCGCAGUUACAAAAGGUCAUUGAAGAAAAAGAAGAAAAAGAAAAAGAAUAACCAGUCCGCUUGCAAGCGAGACUACGUUUGAUCAUCGUUGUUCUUAGGUGUGCCACGGAUCGGCCAAACGCGAGAAUAUUAUUAUUAUUAUUAUUAUUAUUAUUAUUAUUAUUAUUAUUAUUAUUAUUAUUAUUAUUAUUAUCAUUAUUAUUACUACUACUAUUACUAUUAUUAUUAUGAUUAUGAUGAUAAUAAUGAUGAUGUGAUCAUUAUUAUUAUUAUUAUUAUUAUUAUUAUUAUUAUUAUUAUUAUGCUUAUGAGUAUGAUUAUGAUUAUGAUUAUGAUUAUGAUUAUGAUUACUAUUUUUUAUUAUUAUUAUUCUUAUUAUUAUUAUUAUAUUAUUAAAGACCAGUUUGAAGAUAAAAGGAAAAAAACAGACUGAGAUAGAAUAAUGAUAUUCUUCGACGAUUUUCUUCUUCCUCCAAAAGGAUAAUCGAGAGAUUAAAUCGAUUAAUGAUCUAGCGCAUUGCGAUCAUUACCUACGGAAGAAGUCGUCUUAGAUUACGGAAUGAUUUUAUGAUCGAAGACUAACCGAACGAUGUAUAUGACGUAUCCUUUAAAUCGAGAGGGCAAAGAAAUGGCACCAAACUGGUGGCGUUGAAGAUUCAAAUUGUUGCGAAUCGCGGGACGAUCGAUUAUCGCACGACUGAUCGUUUAACGAUUUACGAUCCAGCGUAUGCUCGUUAAGUCGAAGGUGGAUACAUUGAAGAUCAGAGUUUCUUGCUUAAUAUAUACAUAUAUAUAUACAUAUAUAAUAUAUAUACACAUACAUAUAUACACUACAUAUAUACAUGUUUAACAAUCUGUGUUCAUAUUGUGCUUCUUCGAGUACAUUUUAUAUGAAAGUCGUCUUCGUGGAAUGCACUACAUUUGUUUAAGAUCUCUAAAAAAAAAAAGAAAAACAAAUUUAAAGAUUUAAUGAAAUCCUAAACAAAUAAAUCCUAUGACCUAUACUUUUGCAUUUAGUUCCUAUUACAGGAUUGAAAUCACAAUAUAGCAGUAUUAAUGAAUUUCAUUUUCUUAAAUUUCGCUUAAACUCAUUUUCAUUAUGUAAGAGAAUCAUAUUUUUAAUUAAUAUAAGUGUCAUUUUCAAAUACUCACACGUAAGAAUAUGCAGUAUGUAUAUGCAUUUACGCUAAUUCUUCUAUACGAUAUCAUUCAUGAAAGUAUUCUUCAUAUAUGAAAGCAUGAAACACUGUAUCUUGAUAUAUCUGCUUUCUCUGUUAUUAAAAAAAAAAAAGCAAAAAGGUAGAAAUUAGUAGCUUUUAUGCGUAUCUCCUUUCAAUUUGUCUUCGGUUCAAAAUUAGUUUAGUCUAAUAUCUAAACAUGUGUAUGAUAUACUAUAAAAGAAUUAAUGUCUUAGUUUAAUUUAUCUAUACAAGUUCAUGCUGCCGAUUUGACGCUUCGUUUCUAAACAAUUUUUCAAGGAAUCAUGCGACAUCCAAAGAUGUGAUGAUUUACAAUUUUAAACAUUUAACAUCAAACGACGCCAUAUAUAAAUGCCAAACAACGUUCUUGUACGAUCUGUAUAAAUUCGAAAGCACGUUGCGUAUCUUCGAGUUGUAUGAAUAAUAAUAUUGGACCCUAUUUUAUAAUCAUUAAAUAAAUAAUAGAGAUUGAUUUUCUAUUUCCAUGUACAAAUACGAACGAAUAAUAUAGUUUUGCAUUUGAUACACGGAAUAGAAAAUUAUUUUCUAAAGAACGGGGUCAAAACUAUAACGAUCGUGCAUACACGAUUGUUUAAAUAGUCGUUUUCUUACUAUUACUUUAUUAUGUAAUUUAUCAGUAUAAGAAUUCAUUUUUACGUUGCAUAGAUCGUUUGCUUGGUCGAAUCUACGCUACGUAUAAAUGCUUUGAUGUAUAAAUGCAGCAUCCAUCAUCCUUUCGAGUACAGAAAUUUUUCAGAAAAAAGAAAAAAAUUCUCGAUAUGCCAGUAUGAUAAAAGAGACAUACCGUAACGUAAUAAUCAAAUACUUAUUCAUCGCGUUAUAAGCUGCUAAAACAGCUAACUUGUCGUUCAUCUAUGAUUAAUGUUAUUAAGAAGAAUUAAUGUUAACACGUAUAUAACUGUCAUUAAAUAAUUACUUAUUCUACAAUUGACCUAACUUGGGAAGAUGCAGUAGUAAAAGAACUUACAUUGAUUACAUAAAUUAAUAAGUAAUAAUCGUUGUUAAUACAAUUAGUUUUUUCGUACAAAUGAAAUCAAUUCUGGCGGCUGUUCUUCGAUAUAAAAACAAUUAAUGAAGUAGAAAGUUUCUCUUAAUACUACAUAUGUAUGUGUUUCUUAAAACUAACUGUAUUCUGAAGGGAUGCUCACAAGGAUAUUGCAUAAUAUUUGUCGCUGUAAUGAUCUGACAGUUACUCUCUUAUAUGUACAGAAUUUUGAAAAUUAAUUAAUACGGUAGAUAACGCCGCCCAUGCUACAACAUCGAGCCUUAUUGGCUGGUAGCAAAUUGCCAAAAAGAUACUUUCAUCAUAAUGUAUAUGAACGUACUAAAGUGGGAGCACAAAAUUCGUAGGAUCUUUUCGAAACUAUGUGUGAGAGAAUGUGUGAAAGUGAUAGCGAGGAUGGAAAGAAAGCGUAAUACAUGAAUGACUUUAAAUGAA